GAAGAACUCGAGGGACAAGCUCGGAUGGCAGCAAAGGUGCAGGAGGCGGAAAACAAGAGGGCGUCCAAGGCCCGGAUCCGUGAAGGAGAACGAGGUCAAUGGUGGCCUUGCGCAACCACCGACGUGGAGCUUAGAGAGCUCCAGAACGAGGGAAUGAUCUCCACACACUGGAGUUUCGUUCGUGACUCCGACGCCCCCAAGCCAGAAGCCGGAGAAGUUGUCAUGACCAAGGCUUGGGUGGAACGCGGUCUUUCACUCCCUUGUUCGGAAUUUUUCCUCUCCAUCCUCAACACCUACGGGCUCCAGCCCCACAACAUUUGCCCCAAUUCAUACCUUCUCUUGUCCAACUUCGUGACUCUCUGCGAAGGACAUCUUGGGAUCCGGCCAGAUGUCAAGUUGUGGCAAUUCUUUUUCCGAGUGAAGAAAGAAACUAAGGACAAAGCAAUGGUGAACUGCGGAAGCAUGACGUUUAUGCUCCGCCCUAAUCGUAUGUAUCCCCCCCAUGAUUCACACGAGUCCGUCCGGUACUGGAACGCCGGAUGGUUCUACGAGAAGAAUGCUCCUGUUCCGGAUGUCCACGAAGGCCUUCCCCAGUUCGUCAACGAACCUCCGGAAGAACUUGCAAGCUGGAGCUUCGUCCCUCCACUCGCCCUGACUCCAACCUUGGAGAAAGCUGCGCGGAGAAUCUCCUGGCUAGUCCACGACGGACUUACCGGAGCCCAGCUUACACUUAGCUGGUUUUCCCGGAGAAUCCAGCCCCUUCGCUACAACGCGCGGUUGAUGUGCUCUUACACCGGGGCGGAUGAUCUUCUCCGGGUUACCCGCCAUGAUCUUCCGGCUGACUCUCUGAAAAGAAGACUCAAGACGCUGGUGAAGAUUCCGAGGGGCCAACAGGUCCCGGAACUGUUCAAGGAUAUCUACACGAACGAUCAGUGUCCUCCGCUCAAUACUUUGGCGGAGGACAACUUCCGCACCAUCAUUCGCGUCCCCGUUACCAGCGACACGGCGGAGGAGGCUCCGGAAGACGACGAGGAGGAAGAGGACCAGGCACCCCGCAAGGCGGCUCCUCGACCUACAAAGCGUCCCCGCGCCAAGGCUCCCGGCUCUGAAGCCGGAGCUAGCGGCGAGGCCUCCGCCAAGAAGCCAAAGACGACGAAACCACCUCCGCUUGACUCAAGGAAGGCGGAGCGUGCGCGUCUACGGAUGCUCUCGACGGCUGGCCAGGGCACACGCCCCAUCAUUCCCGGUGCCCCGUGAGUUUCCGAGCAUGAUGCGAUUUUUACUUAGCGAAAUUAUUUCUUGUCUAAACCCUUUCACUUGU